UGAACCUCGUUGAGUGUAGCACGUGUUAAUUUGAGCGCCAUCUCGUGCCGAGUGGACGGAAAUUAGGACAAAAUGACACCCUCUGUCCGUGAGUUCUACAAGGACAAGUCGAUUUUGAUCACUGGAGCUACAGGAUUUGUUGGGAAGGUCCUUGUGGAGAAGCUACUUCGCGACUGCUCCGAUCUAAAAGUAAUAUAUAUUCUCCUGAGGCAGAAGAAAGGAGUACCAGGGGAGGAGAGACUAAAGGAGUUGUGCAGUAAUAAGGUUUUUGAAUUACUCCAAAAAAAGAAUCCGUCAAUCUUCAGCAAGCUAAAAUUCAUUUCUGGUGACAUUUUGGAGGAGGAACUGGGCCUGUCAAACGAUGACAAGCAAGAGUUGCAGAGGAACUGUCAAAUCAUAUUUCACAGCGCGGCAUGUGUUCGAUUUGAUCAGAAACUGAAAGAUGCAGUGCAUAUGAACACCACGGGAACAUUGCGAGUGCUAAAUUUAGCUGAAACUAUGGAUAAUUUGGAAGCUUUCGUUCACCUGUCUACUGCCUACUGCCGUUGCGACCUGGAUGAAUUGGACGAACGACUUUAUCCAGCUGUUCAUAAACCUCGGAAAAUCAUGGAUAUAGUGGAAUGGAUGGAUGACGAAACCCUUAAACAUAUUGAGCCAAAAAUAAUAGAAUCUGAGCCAAACACUUAUUCCUACACGAAAGCAAUUACAGAAGACUUGGUUGCGGAAUACGGCAGCAAAUUUCCUAUAGCUAUCGGGCGGCCAUCUAUCGUAACAUCAGCAUGGAAGGAGCCGUUCCCAGGAUGGGUGGACAACCUGAAUGGUCCAACUGGGCUUCUCAUAGGCAGUGGCAAAGGUGUGAUUCGUACCAUGCACUGCGAACCGUCAUAUACCGCUGAUGCGAUACCAGUUGACGUGGUCGCAAACGGCUGUAUACUUAUUGCAUAUGCCACUGCGCUUGACAAAGCAAAGGAGGCCCAAUUCUUCAAUAUCACGUUGUCGGAUGUUCAAAAAAUGACUUGGAAGGAGGUGAUUGAGACUGGCGAGAAGUGGGUAAAUACGUACCCCUUCCUCAUAGCUUUGUGGUACCCUGGAGGUACGAUCAAGUCGUAUUGGUUCACCCAUCAAUUGGCCGUCAUCUUUUUCCACAUCCUACCCGCGUACAUAUGUGAUGGACUUCUCUUUUUACUAGGAAAGAAAACUUUUAUGGUAAACGUUCAAAAGCGUAUAGGCCACGGCCUCGGCGUUCUUCAAUACUACACAACGAAGCAGUGGUGUUUCAAAAACACUCGUUUCCUCUCGCUCAUGAACCGUGUGAGUGAGGAAGAGAGAGAGCUCUUCUAUAUAGAUGUCAGUAAAUUGGACACGGAGGAGUAUUUAAAAGACUACGUGCUUGGAGCCAGGCAUUUUGUGUGCAAAGAGGAUCCCAGCAGUCUGCCAAGAGCAAGAAAACUGCAUACUAUCCGAUAUGUGGUGGACGUUAUAACGAAACUCCUCUUGGUGGGACUGUUCUGCUAUCUUCUUUACUCUUACUCGGACCUGUUCACAUCUCUUGUCUCCUACGUAGACUCUUCUUUGAGGGCUAUUUUAUCGUAGAUCAAAGUUCGUUUCAAGAUUAUGUUUGUUAAUAAGUAUAAAAUAUAUAUAUAUGAAAUAUUUUUUGUAUAAAAAUUCUAAGAAAUCUUCGCCUCACAUACAAAAUAGUAUAAUUUUGAUAAAACACAUCCAUAUUUAUUUUAUAAAAGCUAUGAGGAAUUCCCAUACUUUAAUCAAAUUUAUGUUUUUUUAUUAAAGUUGGGGUCAUUCAUCUCUUAAAGGUCACGAACUCAUAUCUGACCAAUCAGCUGUUAAUUCUGUAGUGACAUGGCUGCGUCAACAGCGUUUCUUACUGUAAUUUGGCAGUUUUAAAGGACACCUCGUUGCCUACCUACCUGAUAGAUAUUUACCAAAAAUAAUACAUAAAACUAUGUCUAAAUUAGAUAAAUUCUUAGGUUUUAAGACGCUCGGUCACCCGAUUAUACCUACCGCUAUAUUAACCAUUUUAAGGUAUAAAUGGGUUUUUAUUGUAAAUAUUUAUGUUAAAAAAAUGUUUUUAUGAAUAAAGGUUUUACGCAAUUUU